GGUCCCACCCACAUAUUUGUGUCAACCACCUUGCGUAUGGAAGUAUGGCGGCCCCAGCAGCCACCCGACGACGAGCGCUCGGUCGAAAGUUCGCCGCAGCUCCCCGGAGUCUCACAUGAGGGGCAAUGAGUAGGCGUGUGCGACACGGCGGCUCUGCGACAGCGAAGCGGCCAGCGGCGGUCUCCACGCGGGCACGACAGACGCCGUUGGCGGCGUCCGGCUGACGGAGGAGUCGCCUGGAUUUCGAUUUCGCUCUCCAAGUAGAGUCCGGUGGUGAUGGGUGGGGAGAGUCGCGGAGGUUUGCCACUUAGCUCCCUGUGGCUGGAAUAAAGCAAAAGUGUUGAAUUUGGAGAUGUUUUUGUUGAGAAAAGUGUUCGGGUGAGGAGGAGGCGACGCGGCGCCGCCGACCAACUGUUGACUGCUCCUGCGCCUUCAAAGAGGACCAGAGGCUAACGCGAGCUAGCCUCCAUGGCUAUCUGCACUUUUAGCUUAUGUUGCUCGGCUAAACUACGGGAUAUAAGUUUACAACAACACAUUCCUCAAGCACCCCAAUCCCAUUAAUGCGUGAUAAAAAGAGGCACGCUGGAGUAGCUUGGACCUGCAGAACAAAUCUGCAUCACACCAGGAGAGGACAUCCCGACCCAGGGCGAAGGACUCCUCCCGUCUCCUCCGCUGCUCAGCUCUUCCCCUCCCCUCUUCCUCCUCCUACUCCCUGCCCUCUGGCCAGUUGUCGGACGCCUGAGUCCGGCCCGCAGAGUCCCGGCUACGGCCUGGCACCCUGCCCUUAUGGGGCAGCAGCCGGGGAAGUUUGCAGGGGACCAGAGGAGACCCAGUCUGCCAGCCUUCAUCAAGGGUGUGAAGAGGGAGUCCACGCGCCAUGGGACGCAGCCCUGCAAUGUCUUUGCUGUGCACGAAGCUCUUCAGAGACCAGACUUUGAGGGUCAAGGUCUGACCGAAGCGGCCCGCUGGAACUCCAAAGAGAACCUGUUGGCUGGACCCAGCGAAAAUGACCCCAACCUCUUCGUGGCGCUGUAUGACUUUGUGGCCAGUGGUGACAACACGCUCAGCAUUACUAAAGGCGAGAAGCUCCGCGUGCUUGGCUACAACCACAACGGCGAGUGGUGCGAGGCGCAGACCAAAAAUGGCCAGGGCUGGGUGCCGUCCAACUACAUCACCCCCGUCAACAGCCUGGAGAAGCACAGCUGGUACCACGGGCCCGUCUCGCGCAACGCCGCUGAGUACCUGCUCAGCUCGGGGAUCAACGGCAGCUUCCUGGUGCGCGAGAGCGAGAGCAGUCCCGGCCAGCGGUCCAUUUCCCUGCGCUACGAGGGGAGAGUCUACCACUACAGGAUCAACACGGCAUCCGACGGCAAGCUGUACGUGUCGUCGGAGAGCCGCUUCAACACGCUGGCCGAGCUGGUGCACCACCACAGCACGGUGGCCGACGGCCUCAUCACCACACUGCACUACCCGGCGCCCAAGCGCAACAAGCCCACCAUCUACGGCGUGUCCCCCAACUACGACAAGUGGGAGAUGGAGCGCACCGACAUAACCAUGAAGCACAAGCUGGGCGGGGGACAGUACGGCGAGGUGUACGAAGGCGUGUGGAAGAAGUACAACCUCACCGUGGCCGUCAAGACGCUAAAGGAGGACACAAUGGAAGUGGAGGAGUUCCUCAAGGAGGCCGCUGUUAUGAAAGAGAUCAAACAUCCCAACCUGGUGCAACUUUUGGGCGUGUGCACGCGGGAGCCGCCAUUCUACAUCAUCACAGAGUUCAUGACCCACGGCAACCUGCUGGACUAUCUGCGGGAGUGCAACCGAGAGGAGGUUAACGCUGUGGUGCUGCUCUACAUGGCCACGCAGAUCUCCUCCGCCAUGGAAUACCUGGAGAAAAAGAACUUUAUACACAGGGACCUCGCAGCCCGCAACUGCCUGGUGGGCGAGAACCACCUGGUAAAGGUCGCAGACUUCGGUCUGAGCCGGCUGAUGACGGGGGACACAUACACGGCCCACGCGGGGGCCAAGUUCCCCAUCAAGUGGACGGCUCCGGAGAGCCUGGCCUAUAACAAGUUCUCCAUCAAGUCGGACGUGUGGGCGUUUGGUGUGCUGCUGUGGGAGAUCGCCACCUACGGGAUGUCCCCGUACCCCGGCAUUGACUUGUCCCAAGUGUAUGAGCUGCUGGAGAAGGACUACCGCAUGGACCGACCCGAGGGCUGCCCCGAGAAAGUCUACGAGCUCAUGAGGGCCUGUUGGAGGUGGAACCCUUUAGAACGUCCAUCUUUUGCAGAAACCCACCAAGCCUUCGAGACAAUGUUCCAGGAGUCCAGCAUCUCAGACGAGGUGGAAAAGGAGCUGGGGAAGAAAGGGAAGAAGGUGACAUUGGGCUCCAUUCAGCAGGCUCCAGAACUGCCCACCAAGACCAGGACGCUACGCAAAAAUAAGGACAACCGGGACGGAGAUAGUCCAGACCCGGCGGACCCCGAGGUCUCCCUGCCCUCCCCGAUGCUCCCCAGGAAAGAGCGCCCCCUCCUGGACGGCAAUCUGAACGAGGACGACCGGCUGCUGCCCAAGGACAAGGACAAAACGCGCGGCGGAUUUCUGAGCCUCAUCAAGAAGAAGAAGAAGAACGCUCCGGCGCCUCCCAAGCGCAGCUCCUCCUUCCGGGAGAUGGACGUCCACCCCGAUCGGCGGGGCGGGUGUCCGGACCCUCGGGAUGUCGACUGCUUCAACAACGGCGGAUCUUUGGCCAUCAACGACGCCGCGCAUGUACUCGAAUCCUCAAAGUUCCUGGCUACUAACAAUAACGGUACAAACGGAGCUCCCGCCUACCCGGGACCGUUGUUCCCCCGGAAGAAGGGCGCCCCUGCUGUGCCCGGACCCGUGGGCAAGGCGGCUGUCACCUCACCCGGUGAAGAAGAGGUCAUGACGAACUCUAAGCGCUUCUUCUGGUCCUCCAGCCUACCCGCCGGGCCGGACGGCACCCAGUGGAGGUCCGUCACCCUGCCAAGGGACUUGGGCCAGAGGCAUUUUGACUCGGGCACCUUUGGGGGCAAACCGGCGCUCCCCCGCAAGAGAACCAGCGAGCAGAAAGGGGACACCGCCCCCCGUAUGGGCACUCUGACUCCCCCUCCGCGUCUGCCCAAGAAGCCGGAAGAGUCACCGGAUGAGGGGCCGAAAGACGGCGAGGCGAGUCCCGUAUCCAGUCCCCAGGCUUUAACCCCCAAGGUGGUCAAGAGGCCCGGGCUCCCGGAGAACUCAAAAACCAGCGCCCUGCACGCUGAGCUUCUCAAGCCCAGCGUCUUCCCGGCAUUGGGCGCCGCCGGAGACGAGUGCCGGGCCCGCCGCAACAAGCACACCCCCGACGCUCGAGAGAAAGGAAAGUUCCAGAAAUCCAAACCGGCUCCUCCGCCGCCCCCUGCCAACGCCAAAACAGGAAAGACCUCCCGCUGUCCCGCUCAAGAUCUCCCUUCCCCUUCGUCAGAAAUGAAAGCUAAGGGGCUCCUGUCCGCCUCUGAGCCCCAACACGGAACCACUGCCGGUGAGGGGGCCAAGAAGCUGCCCCUGAGCUGCAACUCCAAACCUCAACCGCUCAAGACCUCCGCCUCGGCGAGCGGCUCCCUAGGGGGCGACCCGCAGGGCGCGCCGGCUGCCUUCAUCCCCCUCGUCAACCCCCGCCGCUCCCUGCGCAAGACGGCACCGCGCCAGGCCUCAGAGCGCACGCCCAACUCGGCCGUGACCCGCGAGAUGGUCCUGGAGGGCGCCGAGCGGCUCCGCGCCGCCAUCGGCCGCAACUCUGAGCAGACUGGCAGCCACGGCGCCGUCCUGGAGGCCGGCAAAAACCUGUCCAAGUACUGCGUCAGCUACGUGGACUCCAUCCAGCAGAUGCGGAACAAGUUCGCCUUCCGCGAGGCCAUCAACAAGCUGGAGAGCAGUCUGUGCGAACUGCAGAUCUGCCCCGCCGCCUCCGGGGGUGCCAACGCGCAGCAGGACUUCACCAAGCUGCUGUCUUCCGUCAAGGAGAUCAGCGACAUCGUUCAGAGGUAGCGGACUACGUACAAAAUGCAGAUGAACUGAAAUUUGCCGACUGGUGACGCGGUACUAGUCCGACUCCACCUGUGGUCUUUGUGGAUGGAUGCAAAGGAAUUUGGCCAAUUCUGGAGUUAGCGGAUAUUGAGUAACUACGAACGAGUCGUCAUGCUUGAAAUCUUUCCUCAUGUAAUUCCAGAAAAAAAAGUGCCUGUUUUCAAAAAAAGGAUGCCUUUGACUAAGCUUACAGCAUCCGGAAUCCAUUUGGCCCAGUCCAUCCCUUAUGCCAGGGUUUUCCAAAUUGAGGGGCGGCACCCAAAAGUGGUUCGCACAACAGGCUUUUUGUUUCACGUGUUCUUUAUCGCAGUGUUUUUACAUUAGAAGCAAUCUCACGGCACACCACCAAACAUUAAUGUCACAAAAUGUACAAUACAUGGAGGGUGCAAAUAUAUGUAUACAGUUGUAAGAGGUAUACAGAGUUCUUUAUUUUUUUUUUUUUACCCUCUUUCUUCACUUAUAGAUCUUUUCUGAUGCAUGCAUCUGCGUAAAUGUGAAUGUGCGCGCGCCACUGUAAGAACAUGACCAUGACGAUAAAGGUGUGCAUGUGAGUGUGUAAGAGGUCUAUCCGUGUGAGUAAAAACGUAAGACGUGUGUGUAGAAGGUCUGUGUGUGUGUGUGUGAUAAAUGUAUGUGUGUGCGCGUGGGUGCUCAAUUAAAAUGGGACUGGAAAACUGAUCAUCCACUCUUUCCCACAUUACUAACGGUUCCGGUUCGAUCCAGUUUCUGGCGGUAUCUGGAAAUUGUUCUUCUAAUUUUUCAGUGCUGUAUGAUUUAGCCACUUUCACUGAUGAUUGGUUAAAUUACUUGCUAUAAAAGAAAUGAAUACAAAAGGUCAAAAAUGAAAAGUCAGUAUAACUCUUUCAAAUGUAUACCUAAUUUUGCACCCUGCGUAUACUUGAAAUAAAUCAUAAUUUAUGGAGCAUUUAUGUGAAAAUUGGGGCACAGUGGUUGGGGAUGACUCCUUUAUGGUGUAUGUCAGUGUUAUGGCAUGACGUGAUGUAUUUUGACCAAGUCGGGGUCUCCGGGUGGAACUUGGGGGUCUCCAAAACGGUUGGGAAACCCUGACUCACGUGACAAAAUUCAAAGUAUUUUCUUCUGUGCUGUGUGGCCGUUUCCUUUGUGGUUCGUCUUUUCCCCAACACGUUUCCGUACAAUGACGACAGCCAAGUAAGUCCAGUUUGUAACUUUUGAUACUUUGUGCCUUAAAGACUUUUAAAUGGCCAUACCAAAAAAAAAAAAAAGGAAAAAAAUGCCAAGCCCUUGUCCUCAGCUUGUACUGAGGAACUCAGUGGACUCUUGAGCGGAACUUCAGUUUAUUAAAAGCCAUCAGUAGCAGCUUCAACACAUCACAGACUCAAAAGUGUUUCUCGGAUCAUUUCUGUGUGUGAGAAAGUACAUUUUUAAUUGUGUGUAAGACAUUCGUGUGUAACUGUGCGCAAGUGUUAAAGUGUGUGUGCAAGAAGUUUGUAUGGCUGAGUGUGUAAGAAGUUUGUGUGUAUAGGGGGAUGGAGGGGAAUGAUUGCGAACGCUGUUUUUCAAUGGAGAAUAUUUGUGGGGGGCAGGGGGGUGGUUGGAGUUUGGACGGAGCUUAUGGAGUUUUGGGAGGGGUGGCUCCGUUUCCUAAAACCCAGGGAAAGUCUUACCAUUUGUCUCCCCACUUUGACGCCCAUGUGUGUAAGUUUGUGUCUGUGUAAAUGUAAGUGUGUGUGAGACAGAGUUACGUUUGUGGGAUUGUGAAGUGUGAGGAGUGGACCACACAAGCUGGCUUUCUGGACUUUGUACGGCGCUACGGUCCCGCGUUCAUGUGUCCGUCAUACAUGCCACUUCUCUUUGGGUGCAAGCCUCGUCACCAGCUUUAAAUGUUUUCUUACUCCCUUCUUCUCUAGCCUCAAAGUGCAAUUUUGGUUGCAAUAAAAUGACAAACGGAACAGUAAAUGGACCAUUUACUCCCAAUAAGGUAUGUGCGUGUGUUUGAGGAAGUGUCUAAUGUGUAUGUGUCUGUGUGUGAUUACUUAAGUACUUGUGAGUUUGUAAGAAGUGUCAGUGAGUUAGUAAUGUGUGAGUGCGUGUGUAAGAAAUAUACUGUAAUUGUGUAAAAAGCAUAGUGUGUUUCUGUAACGUUUGUGGAAGUUCACUUGUCAGUGCGUGUGUAUGACUGAGUUUGUGUCAGUGUCAUUUUGUGUCUUGUUGCCCGAAAAUGACAAACCACGAAAUUGUGACGUGCGACUCAAAACACCAGAGAAUACGUGGACAGGUUAUGUAUAAUUUAUUUUUUCUCUCUGUCUAAUCUUUUUGUCAUUAAAAUCAAAAUGUCAACUUUU